AUGUGCCCAGAGAGUGGAAAGAGAUUAAGUAAGAGUGGCAGUCUUCAAUAUCAUCAGAGACCCCACACAGGGGGAAAACCUUUUGAAUGCUCAGAGUGUGGAAAGAGAUUCAGCCGGAGUGGCAGUCUUCAAAGUCAUCAGAGAACCCAUACAGGGGAAAAACCUUUUGAGUGCUCAGAGUGUAGAAAGAGAUUCAGUCAGAGUAGCACUCUUCAAAAUCAUCAAAGAAUCCAUACAGGGGAAAAACCUUCUGAGUGCUCAGAGUGUGGAAAGAGAUUCAGUUGGAGUGGCUAUCUUCAAAGUCAUCAGAGAAUCCACACAGGCGGGAAACCUUUUGAAUGCUCAGAGUGCGGAAAGAGAUUCAGUCAGAGUAAAACUUUUCAACAUCAUCAGAGAACCCACACAGGGGAGAAACCUUUUGAAUGCUCAGAGUGUGGAAAGAAAUUCAGUCGGAAUGGCAGUCUUCAACGUCAUCAGAGAAUCCACACAGGGGAGAAACCUUUUGAAUGCUCAGAGUGUGGAAAGAGAUUCAGUCGGAGUAGCAGUCUUCAAAAUCAUCAGAUUAUUCACACAGGGGAGAAACCUUUUGAAUGCUCGGAGUGUGGAAAGAGAUUCAGUUGGAGUAGCAGUCUUCAAAGUCAUCAGAUUACCCACACAGGGGAGAAACCUUUUGAAUGCUCAGAGUGUGGAAAGAGAUUCAGUCGGAGUGGCCCUCUUCAAAAUCAUCAGAGAAUCCACACAGGGGAGAAACCUUUUGAAUGCCCAGAGUGUGGAAAGAGAUUUCGUCGGAGUGGCCAUCUUCAACAUCAUCAGAGAAUCCACACAGGCCAAAAACCUUAUGAAUGCUCAGAGUGUGGAAAGAGAUUCAGUCGGAGUGGCUAUCUUCAAAGUCAUCAGAGAAUCCACACAGGCGGGAAACCUUUUGAAUGCUCAGAGUGCGGAAAGAGAUUCAGUCAGAGUAAAACUUUUCAACAUCAUCAGAGAACCCACACAGGGGAGAAACCUUUUGAAUGCUCAGAGUGUGGAAAGAAAUUCAGUCGGAAUGGCAGUCUUCAACGUCAUCAGAGAACCCACACAGGGGAGAAACCUUUUGAAUGCUCAGAGUGUGGAAAGAGAUUCAGUCGGAGUGGCCCUCUUCAAAAUCAUCAGAGAAUCCACACAGGGGAGAAACCUUUUGAAUGCUCAGAGUGUGGAAAGAGAUUCAGUUGGAGUAGCAGUCUUCAAAGUCAUCAGAUUACCCACACAGGGGAGAAACCUUUUGAAUGCUCAGAGUGUGGAAAGAGAUUCAGUCGGAGUGGCCCUCUUCAAAAUCAUCAGAGAAUCCACACAGGGGAGAAACCUUUUGAAUGCCCAGAGUGUGGAAAGAGAUUUCGUCGGAGUGGCCAUCUUCAACAUCAUCAGAGAAUCCACACAGGCCAAAAACCUUAUGAAUGCUCAGAGUGUGGAAAGAAAUUCAUUCAGAGUACCAAUCUUCAACGUCAUCAGAGAAUCCACACAGAGGAGAAACCUUUUGAAUGCUCAGAGUGUGGAAAGAAAUUCAGUGAGAGUGGCACUCUUCAACAUCAUCAGAGAAUCCACACAGGGGAGAAACCUUUUGAAUGCUCAGAGUGUGGAAAGAGAUUCAGUGAGAGUGGCCAUCUUCAACGUCAUCAGAGAACCCACACAGAGGAGAAACCUUUUGAAUGCUCAGAGUGUGGAAAGAGAUUCAGUCAGAGCGGCACUCUUCAACAUCAUCAGAGAACCCACACAGGGGAGAAACCUUUUGAAUGCUCAGAGUGUGGAAAGAGAUUCAGUGAGAGUGGCAUUCUUCAACAUCAUCAGAGAACCCACACAGGGGAGAAACCUUUUGAAUGCUCAGAGUGUGGAAAGAGAUUCAGUCAGAGUGGCCAUCUUCAAUAUCAUCAGAGAACCCACACAGGGGAGAAACCUUUUGAAUGCUCAGAGUGUGGAAAGAGAUUCAGUGGGAGUGGCGAUCUUCAACGUCAUCAGAGAACCCACACAGGGGAGAAACCUUUUGAAUGCUCAGAGUGUGGAAAGAGAUUCAGUUGGAGUGGCAGUCUUCAACUUCAUCAGAGAACCCACACAGGGGAGAAACCUUUUGAAUGCUCAGAGUGUGGAAAGAAAUUCAGUGAGAUUGGCACUCUUCAGCGUCAUCAGAGAACCCACACAGGGGAGAAACCUUUUGAAUGCUCAGAGUGUGGAAAGAGAUUCAGUCGGAGUGGCAGUCUUCAACUUCAUCAGAGAACCCACACAGGGGAGAAACCUUUUGAAUGCUCAGAGUGUGGAAAGAAAUUCAGUGAGAUUGGCACUCUUCAGUGUCAUCAGAGAACCCACACAGGGGAGAAACCUUUUGAAUGCUCAGAGUGUGGAAAGAGAUUCAGUCGGAGUGGCACUCUUCAGCGUCAUCAGAGAACCCACACAGGGGAGAAACCUUUUGAAUGCUCAGAGUGUGGAAAGAGAUUCAGUGAGAGUGGCAUUCUUCAACAUCAUCAGAGAACCCACACAGGGGAGAAACCUUUUGAAUGCUCAGAGUGUGGAAAGAGAUUCAGUCAGAGUGGCACUCUUCAACAUCAUCAGAGAACCCACACAGGGGAGAAACCUUUUGAAUGCUCAGAGUGUGGAAAGAAAUUCAGUGAGAUUGGCACUCUUCAGUGUCAUCAGAGAACCCACACAGGGGAGAAACCUUUUGAAUGCUCAGAGUGUGGAAAGAGAUUCAGUCAGAGUGGCACUCUUCAGCGUCAUCAGAGAACCCACACAGGGGAGAAACCUUUUGAAUGCUCAGAGUGUGGAAAGAGAUUCAGUGACAGUAGCAGUCUUCGACAUCAUCAGAGAACCCACACAGGGGAGAAACCUUUUGAAUGCUCAGAGUGUGGAAAGAGAUUCAGUCGGAGUGGCAAUCUUCAACUUCAUCAGAGAACCCACACAGGGGAGAAACCUUUUGAAUGCUCAGAGUGUGGAAAGAGAUACAGUGAGAGGAGGAAUCUUCAGCUUCAUCAGAGAACCCACACAGGGGAGAAACCUUUUGAGUGCUCAGAGUGUGGAAAGAGAUUCAGUGAGAGUGGCGAUCUUCAACGUCAUCAGAGAACCCACACAGGGGAGAAACCUUUUGAAUGCUCAGAGUGUGGAAAGAGAUUCAGUCGGAGUGGCAGUCUUCAACUUCAUCAGAGAACCCACACAGGGGAGAAACCUUUUGAAUGCUCAGAGUGUGGAAAGAAAUUCAGUGAGAGUGGCGAUCUUCAACGUCAUCAGAGAACCCACACAGGGGAGAAACCUUUUGAAUGCUCAGAGUGUGGAAAGAGAUUCAGUAAGAGUGGCCAUCUUCAAUGUCAUCAGAGAACCCACACAGGGGAGAAACCUUUUGCAUGCUCAGAGUGUGGAAAGAGAUUCAGUGACAGUGGCAGUCUUCGACAUCAUCAGAGAACCCACACAGGGGAGAAACCUUUUGAAUGCUCAGAGUGUGGAAAGAGAUUCAGUCAGAGUGGCACUCUUCAGCGUCAUCAGAGAACCCACACAGGGGAGAAACCUUUUGAAUGCUCAGAGUGUGGAAAGAGAUUCAGUCAGAGUGGCAGUCUUCAACUUCAUCAGAGAACCCACACAGGGGAGAAACCUUUUGAAUGCUCAGAGUGUGGAAAGAAAUUCAGUGAGAUUGGCACUCUUCAGUGUCAUCAGAGAACCCACACAGGGGAGAAACCUUUUGAAUGCUCAGAGUGUGGAAAGAGAUUCAGUGACAGUAGCAGUCUUCGACAUCAUCAGAGAACCCACACAGGGGAGAAACCUUUUGAAUGCUCAGAGUGUGGAAAGAGAUUCAGUCAGAGUGGCAAUCUUCAACGUCAUCAGAGAACCCACACAGGGGAGAAACCUUUUGAAUGCUCAGAGUGUGGAAAGAGAUACAGUGAGAGGAGGAAUCUUCAGCAGCAUCAGAUUACACACAGGGGGGAGAAUCUUUAG